GGAUCCAAGAAACUCAAGUCUCGUGCUUGAAGGAUACUGUAGCUUAAACCAAAGCGUUUUUCUUCUCCUCGUUCUGCAGUCAUCUUCUCCAUCAAAAGCAAAGAGACAACAAAGAUGGAGAAUCUAACCUUGGUUUCUUGCUCAGCUUCUUCUUCAUCUCCCAAGCUCUUAAUCGGAUGCAACUUCACCUCCUCUCUUAAACCCCCUGUAGGGUUUUCCCGCCGGAGUCCUAAGAUUCUCCUCCGUCGCUCCAAAAUCUCCGCCUCCUCCGCGCAAUCUCACUCUCCAUCUGAUAGCACUGGAGAAAUUGUGGUAGUGAAACACAAGACGAAGGCUUUUGCAAGUAUAUUUUCUUCGAGAAGUGAUAAACAGACAGCCUCUGUUGCUUCCCCUAGUGUUGCUGUGCCACCACCGUCAUCUUCGUCAACCAUAGGGUCACCACUUUUCUGGAUUGGUGUUGGGGUUGGGCUAUCAGCUUUGUUCUCAUGGGUAACGUCAAACGCAAAGAAAUAUGCGAUGCAAACAGCUAUGAAGACAAUGAUGAACCAGAUGAAUACGCAAAACAGCCAGUUUAAUAAUCCUGGAUUCCCAACAGGGGCAGGAGCAGGAUCAGGAUCACCUUUUCCGUUUCCAUUUCCUCCUCAAACAAGCCCUACUUCCUCUCCGUUUCAAUCUCAGUCCCAGUCUUCAGGGGCUACUGUUGAUGUGACAGCUACAAAAGUAGAUAGGCCUCCUGUGUCUAAGCCACAAACUACACCUACACCUCCUACAAAGAAUAUAGAAGUGGAUAAGCCAAGUGUUGUUUUAGAGGAAAACAAAGCGAAGAAAGAAGAAAAGAACUACGCCUUUGAAGACGUUUCCCCUGAGGAAACCACAAAGGAAAGUCCAUUUAGCAACUAUGCAGAAGUCUCUGAAGCUAGUGCCCCCAAAGAAACUCGCUUAUUUGACGAUGUUCUGCAAAAUGGAGCUGCUCCUGCCAAUGGUGCCACUGCUUCAGAGGUUUUUCAAUCUUUAGGCGCUGGGAAAGGAGGGGCUGGUUUGUCAGUAGAAGCUUUAGAGAAAAUGAUGGAAGAUCCAACAGUUCAGAAGAUGGUUUACCCACAUUUGCCUGAGGAGAUGAGGAACCCCGAAACUUUCAAAUGGAUGCUUAAGAAUCCUCAAUACCGUCAACAGCUACAGGACAUGCUGAAUAACAUGAGUGGGAGUGGUGAAUGGGACAAGAGAAUGACGGAGACCUUAAAGAAUUUUGACCUGAAUAGUCCUGAAGUGAAGCAACAAUUCGAUCAAAUAGGACUGACUCCAGAAGAAGUCAUCUCUAAGAUUAUGGAGAAUCCUGAUGUUGCAAUGGCAUUCCAGAAUCCUAGAGUCCAAGCAGCAUUAAUGGAAGUACGUUUUCUUUCUUCACUAAAUAUAUACUUUGACAUGAUUUCUAAAUCAAUUCGAUUGUUGUUGUUGUUGCAGUGCUCAGAGAACCCGAUGAACAUCAUGAAGUACCAAAACGACAAAGAGGUAAUGGAUGUGUUCAACAAGAUAUCGCAGCUCUUCCCAGGAAUGACGGGUUGAAAAGGCUCGCUGAUCACCUCUUUUGGUUUUAUGACUUCUAUCUUAUUGGAUCAGAGGUUCAUGUCUUUCUUUAGCUUUGUAGGAGUGAGAAGGAAAAAAAAAACAUGUUUUGUUUUGUUAACAAAAUUGGUUCAGUUUUGCUCAGAUCAGAGAAGAUCAAUUGUUGUAUAACCGUAUUUUAUCCAUCUACAUCUCUAUAUAUCGAAUAACGGGUUUGUACCU